CCACGGUUGCAAAUUUACAACAUCACUUUUAACAAUUAAAAAAAAAUGCCUGCAAAUGUUUUUUUCCUCUCAAAACCACAUUUACAUAGUUAAUGGGUCCUAUUGUUUGUCCUCACAAUCCUAUUGGAUAGAAGAAGUGUUUAUAGGUCCGGUCAUCUGGCUAUGAACUCACUCUACCUGCAAACAUCCCGCUGAGCUCAUCUCCUUUUUUUGCAUGACUGGAUUUGUCAGGAUUAAAAAUGCCACCAGCGCAGAAAGGUAUUUCAUUCAGUGUGCAGGAUGUGAUUGCUUUUGUCCAAAAUGGAGAGAGCGAUUUUGAAAUCGACUCAGACGACACGGAUUCAAGUGACUCAGAGAAUGAAGAUGCAGGUGAAAUGGACAAAGAAAACCACCAACCCAUUGACUGCCCAGCCAAUGAUGAUGUGGAAAUCAAGCCCCAACCAAUUAAACACACUGUGCCCUGGGACAGAUUUCGCUGGCUGAAAAAGGAUUUUAUCGGUCCCAAUACCGAUUUCUCUGGUUCAGAAAUUACCAAUGAUGCCACCUCCCUCCUUACCCCAUUGGCGUACUUCCAAAAGUUUGUGACAGAAGACAUGAUUGAGGCUUUGACAAGAAACACAAAUGAGUACAGCUUGCAAAAAAGUGGAACAUCUGUCAACACCAAUAGUAAGGAAAUUGAGAAGAUGCUUGGCAUGUACCUGAAGAUGGGCCUAUUGCAAAUGCCUGGAGUCCGCAUGUAUUGGGAGACAGACACACGGUACACUCCUGUUUCUGAUGUGAUGUCCCGCAACAGAUUCCAAUCUCUGUUGACUUCAUUACACUUUGUAAACAACUUGACUGUGUCAGAGAUGGAAAAGAAGGACAAACUCUGGAAACUCAGACCAUGGCUGAAUUCAUUCAGGGAGAGAUGCCUGCAGGUGGUACCCGAAGAGCACAACUCUGUGGAUGAAAUGAUGAUUCCUUUCAAGGGGAGAUUCAGUAACAUCAAGCAAUAUAUGGGAGGUGUGGAUUUGUUGGACUCAUUUGCUGCCAAGUACAAGUUCCCCAUGAAAUCCCGUCGCUGGUACUUGUACAUCUUCUGGCACACCAUCAUCCUUGCUGUGAUUAACGCCUGGCUCCUCUACAAGCGGGACUGUAAAGCUCUGAAGAUGACCAAGAAAGAGAUACUGAACAGGAGACAGUUUCAGGCACAACUUGCAUCCUCUCUCAUUCUGGUGAACACACACAACACAACACCCAAGAGAGGGCGACCAUCUUCAAGUAAGACAAACACAUUCACAAAGACGGUGACAUCAGGGAGCCCUUUGGUUCCUCAGAAGAGACCAUCCUCAACAGAUGUGAGUCCCCCAGCCAAGAGGUCAUCGGACCACCCCCCACUGGAUGUACGCAAAGACAUGAUUGCACAUUUCCCAGAAAAGUCAAAGAGAGGACGUUGCAGACACUGCAAUAAUGGAUACACAAACACACUGUGUAUCAAGUGCAAUGUUCGCCUGUGCUUAACAGAUGAAAAGAACUGUUUUAGGGACUAUCACUGUAAGUGAACACAGACUGCCUUCAAACCACUGUUUUUUUUUUACGAAAAGUUUUGUAAAUAUUUUUUUUUCCAAUAUUUUUUAUUAAUAAAUGCUUAUUCAUAAAACUAUGAUUGUUGUGUGGUUAUUACUCAUGAUAUAUACUGUUAUGGGGCUAAGUAAGCAAUCAACCCUGCAAAUGAAUGCUUAAAUGUUCUGUAUAUCUGUUCAGACAA